CUCUGAGUUGUACUCGAUCGAGUUAUAUUAUGGGUUAAAUUCAACGCCAAGCUAGUGCCACCAAGUUACUUGCUAGUUAAAAUGUCAUGUUCGCGUCAAUUGACUCUAUCAAAGGCUUAUACCAUCACUAGAUUUCGGAGACGUACCUGAAUUUUGCACCUGUUCCAAGCGCCAGGUAGCCGUUUCCGCCAGAAAAUGUCCACCGCUGAACUCGCAUCUGGAACCGCUCGUUUGAGAUUUUUGUCAUUCGUGACUCUGUCGUUUACGUGGUUCUCGCCUCGCACGCGCGCACCGGUCAAUAUCAGAACACGAAAUAGUAAGGUCGCCACCAGGGGUCGGCGGGACACGUCGCAACUACUGUCGUAUCAAAAGACCGAGUUGCAUGUGCUACUCACCGCUAUCAUUUGUCCUCGGAGCUGCGGUAAGGGAUUCCAAAGAGAAGUGUGUAAUCACAUACCACCUAGAUCGCCCGCCAGGAAUUUGGCUCGCUGGUCGGGCUCCAACUAAGUUACCAGCAUGGCAGAAAACCACCCCCAUUGCUAAGGGAAUAGAGGGUUAGGAA